AUGCUCAAGAAGCAAAGAGACCCACAAAGUUUCACCUUGCCGGUGAAGAUAGGUGACUUGGAGCCUAAAGGAGCAUUGGCCGAUUUAGGAGCAAGUGUGAGUUUGAUGCCUCUAUCCAUAGAUAAGCACCUAAAUCUUCCUCUUCAUCCUACAUGGAAGUCUAUUCAAUUGGCGCAUCGAACUGUGAGAGUGCCACAUGGUGAGUUGGAGGAUGUACCAAUACAAGUUGGGCAUGUGUUUGUGCCAUGCGAUUUUGUAGUAAUGGAUAUGGAGGAAGACCCGGAGACUCCUCUCAUUCUUGGCAGGGAAGCUCUUAAGACAUUGGGUGCCGUGAUAAACUGCAAAAAUGAUACAAUCACGGUCGAGGUAGCCAACCAGACGGUUGUGUUCGAGUUCUCAAAGACUUUUAAGAAACCCAUGAUAGAUAAUGUUUAUCGGGUCCAUCUAGUAGAGGCCAGGGGGUGA